AUGGCUUCAGACGCCGCUUCACGCCCCAAGAAAGGGGGAUUCGACUUUCUCGAGUCUAGAUGGGCAAAGAUCUUCUUCUCCAUCGUCGCUUUACAGGCCAUCAUUGGUGUGACUUUCGAAGCGUAUAUUUUCGGCAAAUUUCAAGGCAGCAUCAACCCAGACGCCCGUAACAGGAAUGAUGAGGCCCAAGAAGCGCAAUACAUGACGAUACCGACGUUCUUGGCUCUGUUUAUCUUCGGCUUCCUCUAUGUCCUAUUUCUCACGUGGGAUGCCUUGCGCUGGAAGAACACCAUUCAAAUCAUUGGGCUGUGCAUUGCCAACUUGGCUCUCUUCGUCUAUACCAUUCUCCAGAUCGACCAGAUUGACAGAUCCAUUGAUAAGCUCCGAGGCCUCAAUGAGGACAUUUUUCGGGACGAGGCGGUCCAUCAAACGGUAUGGAAGUCCUGCGCGCCCUUUCUCUAUACCAUCCCCCCUGUCAUCGGCGUCGCCACUAUUGCCAUGAGCGUGUGCGCCUGGCAACUUUAUCAGGAAUUUGCGUGGGAUAUUUUGAAGCAGAUCGGGGCCGAUUAUCGUAUGAAGAAGCGAUUUCUUCACUAUCAGAUUUUUAUCGCAUUGCUGAAAUUUGAUUUCUUCUUCUUCCUGGGCUUCACGAUUCAGUUCCUGGUUGUUGUAACCGGCAAGACAGACAUCGAACUCGGCCUUACCGCUGCCGCGAUUCCCGUUACCAUUGUCAUUCUGCUUUGCGCGGCCUAUUUCACCCAGCGCGAAAACCGCAUUGGCAUGUGCGGGGUCAUCCUGCUCUUCUUCGGUGGUCUUGCCUAUUUCUUGUUCAAGCUUGUCCGCAUCUACUCGAAGGCUCGUGGCCAGAAUUACUUGGCUGUUAAGCGCUCCCUUACCGCGUUCGCCGUCAUGACCAUUGUUCUGAUUAUCGUCACCAUCGCCAAUGCGUUCCUUUGCAUGAGCAACUUCAACAACGGACUCAAGACGCACUUGGUCAAGCCCAAGGGCAGAGACCCGGAAAAGGAUGAUAUGAACUCCUUCCAGAUGACGGAUCAGAAACCCCAGCUGUCGACACGGAUGACGAUCGACUGA